AUGAGCAUCGUCUCGCAGGAUACUCUGACGCCUCGUUUUCCGCCCGAGCUCGAGCAACAGAUCUUCGAAGUAACUGUCUUGGCGUACCCGGAGAGUAUUCGUCGCGUGGCCUUUGUCGCCCGCCGCGUGUGGACAUGGGUCGAGCCACUCAUAUACCACACCGUCAGCAUAUCUGAGCUCAACGAGCGGACCGGCGUCGCCGCGCUUGUUCUCCGCCACCUCAACGCGGGCACCAAGCAGCCGGAGUUUUUCCACAAGGCUGUUCGCACUUUCUUCCUGUUUCCCAGCUUCUGGCUGUUCAUGGGCGCGCGUCCCGGGCCGAAUGCCUGGCGGUAUGAUGAGGUCAGCCGGGUGCUGAAGGCGUGCACUGGCGUCGAGACACUCGUGCUGAUCGCCAACCUCCACGAAACGAACCCCAAAAUCGAUCUCCGGGGGUGCUUGGCUGCCUGGCGUCCACAGCGGCUCCAUCUGAUAUGCGACGGGCCGACCGACAUGCGCACACUAGCCACGCUGCCCCUGUCCUCAUCGCUCACACAUUUAUUCAUCGCCUCGUCGCUGGGCCGGGAGUCCGGCUCACUCUCCGCCAACAUCCGUGCGCUAAGCCACCUGCCCCGGCUGCGGCAUCUAGCCGUGUUCGCGGACACCCCAAUCGUGUUGCUGACUACAGUCCUCGGCGCGUCUCCGGCGCUCGAGACGCUGAUUUUACUCGGCGUUGCGGAGUCGCGGGGCCUUACCGAUGCGGACUUCGUGCACGUGCAUGAUGCCCGGCUGGUCGCGAUGCGCGAAAGCAUGGAUAGAGAGCCACAGCCACGCGUGGAUUUCUUCCCUGUUGACUAUGAUUUCUGGACACAGGCGAGCGACUUUGUGCAGCGGAAGAGGCGCGGGGAAGUAGAGGCUUCCGUGUACCUCGUGACGCCAUCCACUCCCUACCCGAUGGCGACCGCAGAAGAAUAUCGACUCUCCGAACCGCAUCCGCGUCAGAUUCCCGUUUUACCCUCCACCAUCGUGGACCGCAUCCUACGCAGUUGUGCAGAGCACUAUCCCUCCACCACCCCCACGCUAAUCCGCCUAUGCCGCCGCGUCUACGAGCAGCUUGUUCCUACUCUUUUUCGGUCCGUCCACAUCACCCUGAAUGCGGCAAAUGGAUUGAAGGACCGCUCCCUUGCGCGGGCGGUGGACUGCGGCGCCAUCAUGCUGCAUGGCUGCACCGAAGCGAUCCAUCUCGAUGCUGUCCAGCCCAGCAUACACGUACCAGAAGCCGAUGUCUGGACAGCGAAGCAGAUACUGCUCUUCAUGCUCCAUUGUCGUAACCAUCCUUUGCGGUCUCUGGUCGUCGACCUGGACCUCGACGCGCUCACCCCGGAUCUGCGGAAGGCGCUGGUGAACGGCCUGUCGACGAGCAGGCCCGUGCGCGUCACGUUGCGCCUUCCCGAGCUCUCUACCCCGUUCCACUUCCUGGACAGCGUCACACAUCUCACUUUGCUCUGCUCCGACGCCGACAACCCGUUCAUCGACGUGCCGGUGGCCGCACUCCCGGCCUUCCUCACCGCCAACAAGCCGCACCUCCGCAAACUCACCCACCUCACCGUCCCGUGCCCUGUUCUCGACGUGGACCCAAUCCUCCGCACCGUGUCGGAAAUCCACGCCCUGCUCCCGCAACUGCGCACCCUUGUGCUCGCCGUCGGGAUCUAUGCCGACGCAAACUGGCUCGCAGACGCACUUUCUGCGGCAAGCCCGCUGCCGAUCGUCGCCAAGCUCGGUGCGCACACACGAGGGUUGAACGAAUUGUUGUGGGACGCAAUAGAGCGUCAAGGCACGGUUAAUUCAGAAACUGGCCGUCUGGCAGCUGGAAGCCGUUAUGUGGACCUAAAUUCCAGGCAACACAUGAAAUGA